AUGCAUGUUAAAAAUUGUAUUGAGUUAAGUAAAAAACGUAAAGCUGGAGUUAUUGGUAAUUUAUUACGAGAGAAAAUAGUAAAUGAAUUAAAAGAAGCCCAAAGUUUUAGUAUUUUAGUAGACUCGACACAAGAUGUUGCAGUAUUAGAUCAGCUGGCUAUUUGUGUUAGGUAUGUUUUAAAAAACAAUGUUUAUGAAAAACUUUUAAAAUUAGUUGUGGCUUAUGAUUCUAGUGGAAUUGGUUUGUAUAAUUUAAUUGCAAAAGAAUUUUCUGAAAUAGAUUUAGAUAUGAAUAAAAUUGUAGGUUGCUCUUUUGAUGGGGCAUCUAAUAUGAAAGGUGUUUAUAAUGGCUUGCAAUCACAUUUAAAGAAAAAUGCGAAUCCUUCAUGUAUAUAUACUCACUGCCUGGGUCAUGUAUUAAAUUUAGUUAUGGUAGAUUCAUCAGAAUGUUGCAAAAAUGCUGAAUUUCUCUUUGGGUUAGUUCAACAAUCAGCUACUUUUCUUUUAGAUUCUCAUAAAAGAAUGAAAGUAUGGUCAGAUUUAACUAAACAAACCCAUAAAAGUCAUGAUAAACUUAGAAAAUUGAACUUGAUUGGAGCAACUAGGUGGUGGAGUAAGGACAAGGCAUUAUCUUCUAUAAUUCAGUUUAACGAGCCUAAUGUCAAGGAUUCCCGAUUUUUGUUAUUCUUACAUUUUUUAUUGGAAAUAACUUCUAGUGAAUCAAAAUUUGAUGCAAAAACUAAAUACACGGCUCAUACACUUUUACAAAAUUGGUCAAAAUUUGAAAUUAUUUUAACUGCAGCUAUUUACCUUGAUAUUUUUACUAUAAGUUCUCCUGUAUCAAAGUUUUUACAAUCACGCUCAUUAAAUUAUCUAAUAGCUUUUAAUAUGACAACAAAUUUACUAAAUCAAAUUAAAGAAAAAAGAUAUAAUGGCGAUGAAAUAUUUAAUAAACUUAUUUCUGAUGUUCAAAAUUUUAUAACAAAAAUUAAUAAGGAAUUAGAAUUAAAUGAUAUAGAUUUUAGAAUAAAAAAUAAGUUUAGUAAGAAUUCUGUAAGUAGAGUGCCAAAAAUAAAUAAAAUGCCUGGUGAAUUAGCAUCUGAUGAAAGACCUGACGUUUCCACAGAAAAAAGGUUUAAAGUUGAAACAUAUAAUUAUAUCCUUGAUAUUAUGAUUAAUAGUAUGGAAAAAAGAUUUGUUAGCAAUUCAGAAUUACUUAAAGAUUGUAUUUGCUUAGACCCUAAAAAUUUUAAAAAUAUUAAAAGUUGUUUACCUGUAAACUCACUAUUAAAACUUUCUGAAUUGACAAAAAUAAGUGUACAUGUUUUAACAUCUGAACUCCAACAAUUUGCAAUUCAAUAUGAUACAAUAACUAAAAAUUUUAAUGAUACAUUUUCAAAAAAUGAUCUAUCUUUUGACAAUGACUCCAACUCUGAAUCAGAACUAAAUAUUGACCACAGUUUGGAAUGCAAUACGUGUAAUAAUUGUUUAAGAUGCGCUUUUAAUAUUUUGUACGAAAUUGUUCAACAAUCAGGCUCUUUUAAUAAUAUAUACUUGGCAUAUAAAUUUGUUUUGACAUUACCAUGUACACAAGUUACAUGUGAACGUAUAUUUUCCAAAGUUAAAAACAUUAAAACUAAAUUAAGAUCAUUAAUUUCUCAAGAUAUUAUGGAAGCUUUGUUAAUGAUAAAUAUUGAAAGAGAUUAUGUUGUUGAUAAGGAAAUUGUUGUAAAUACUAUUGCUAAAAGUUCAACUGAACUAUCAAGGUUAUUGAUUUGA